GGCUGCGCUCUCAGCACACGGACCGCACCGACAAGGCUUAAAAAUAAUGAUGGAGCUAAUAACGGCGUCACCGCCCCACCACAUCAAUUCAACACACGUCUAUGAAAGAAAUGUGUCCUUGUAUGAAGAGUAUGAAUACAGGGAUGAGUAUGGAUACAUGGAGGACCACGCUGACCUGAGACAUUCACUCAACAUCAUGUCUCUCAUUGUUUACAGCCUGGCUUUCAUUCUCGGUGUGCUUGGGAAUGGGGUGGUGAUCUGGGUAACGGGCUUCAAGAUGAAGAAAACAGUCAACACAGUUUGGUUCCUCAACCUCGCAGUGGCGGACUUCCUCUUCACGGCAUUCCUGCCUCUCAGUGUGACAUACACCGCCAUGGAAUUCCACUGGUGCUUUGGAAGGUUCAUGUGCAAGCUCAACACCACCAUAAGCUUCCUGAACAUGUUUGCCAGCGUUUACAUUUUGGUAGUGAUCAGUGUGGACAGAUGUGUGUCUGUGGUGUGGCCCGUCUGGGCCCAGAACCACAGAAAUGUACGUAAGGCCUCCUGUGUGAGCGUCUGCGUGUGGGUGCUGGCUUUGAUUCUCAGCUCCCCGUACUUUAUCUUCAGGGACACGGGGCCUUCCUUCUUCAACCAAAACAUCAUCAACUGCUUCAACAACUUUGCUUUCUCUGACGACUAUGACACCCCAUCAGUAAAUCAGCUGAGACUUUUUCGCCAUCAAGUCAUGACCAUCACCCGCUUUCUCCUGGGAUUCGUCAUCCCCUUCUCUGUCAUCGUCUCCUGUUAUGCCGUCAUAAUCCAUCGGCUCAGAAGAAACCACACUCUGGCCAGCCAGUCAAGCCGGCCGUUUAGGAUCAUCGCUGCCAUCAUCGUUACCUUUUUCCUGUGCUGGUCUCCCUUUCACAUCAUGGGUCUGAUUGAGUUGGUAAAUCACAUGCUAGAUAGUGAGAUACUGAGUCACGUCAUCACUAUCGGAGUCCCUAUAGCGACAAGUCUGGCUUUUCUCAACAGCUGCUUGAACCCACUGCUCUAUGUGUUCAUGGGCCAGGAUUUCAAGGAUAAGGUCCGUAAAUCGAUCCUAAAUGUGCUGGAGACUGCUUUCCAGGAGGAAGCGUCCCGCUCACAUACCUGCACAAUCUCAGUGAUCACAAUCCGUAACAAAGACAAGUCAUUUUCUGACCCUGAGCUGCAAAGCUUUCACUAAGAAACUUGCUUUUACCAACUAUAGCAAGCAUCUGUCUGCCUCUGUCUCUCAGUUAGUUGAGUUGAGCUGCAUCUUGAGUGCAAUACAGAUUCUACUAACUACAAAACCUUCACUUUGUGUUCAAAGUUGGAGGAACUUAGGUCCUACUUGAAAUAAGGUAAAAAAAAAAA